AAGAGGAACUGACAGCCGCUCUCCAGCCACAUUCUGUGCCCACUGCAGUCUCACUGUCCCCAAGCUGAUCCUGCCUCAUGACACCAAUGGUGCUGGCUCUCAUCCUGGGUUGGUGUCUGGUGGCAGCAAACGGGGCACAGCAUCUGCCCCGACCCUCCCUGUCACCGUACCCCAGCCAGGGGGUGUCCCUGGGGGACUCUGUCACCCUGUGAUGCCACCUGCCCUGGCCUGCUGCCUGGGUUGAGCUCUACAAGGAAGGAGAGCAGACAUUCAAAAUGUGCAAGGACACAGACAAGGAGCAGGACGCAGUUGAGUUCUACUUGGCUGACAUAAAACAGGAAGACGCUGUGAAGUAUCAGUGCCAGUACCGAGUGCUGGAGCCACCAGGGACAUCGGAGAAGAGUGACCCCGUGGCGCUACUGGUGACAGAUCCCAGCUACCCACCCCCCAACAUUUCCCUGAGCCCUGAGGAACAUGUGGAGAUGGGGACCAACGUCACCAUUCGCUGCUGGAACAAGCCUUAUCAAGGCUCCACCUUCCUGCACAAGGAUGGGCACUCAGCCCCUAUCCAGCACCAAGACCCCGAUGGUGGGGGCACAGCCACUUUCACCCUCUUUAGGGUGUCCCCAGCUGACUCUGGCACCUAUAGGUGCUCCUACCGUGUUGGGGGCUGCUGCCUUUUUUUCUCACCCCUUGGGGACAAUGUGACCCUGGAAGUGAUUCCCACACCUGCCCUCCCAGGUGACAAUGGGGGGCUCAGUUGGAACCCCGUGUCAGCAGUGGUGGGGCGCUGUGCUGCUGCCAUCAUCUUCAUCUUUGUCCUUGUUGUCUCCAUCCUCCUCGCUGCCCACAGAAGACGGAUACAAAGAAAUGAGAGUCCAGGUGCACCCCUCAGAAGCCCCAAUGCCGUGCAGUUCCAGGUCAGUGUCUGGGUCAGGGGACCCCAAAACCCAACCUGCCCCUUUGCCCCUCCCCCAGACCUCACCAGGGAACCCCAAACCCUGCCUGUGGGGACCUCAAGGAACUCCCCACAUUUUAUGGCUUCCCAAUCUCCAUCACAGCGAUGCCUCACACCCCAAAUCUAAGCUCCCAGGCCUCCUUAUGGGGGAGCUUAUGGGCAGCCCCAAACCAGAGUGGGACCCCCAAACACCACUCACAGGGAACCCCAAUGUCACCCCCACGGGUUUCCAAAAUCUAUGCCACCCCAGAUUCCCAACCCCCCUCUUGGACAGCUCCCCACACACUUACACUAUGGCAUCAUCCCCUCAUGCAUGUUGGGAACCCAUGGUCACACUGCUGUCCCCUGUGUCCGCAGUUCCCCCCCGGUGACAGCCAGGGUCUGACCUACGCUGAGCUGCGAGCUGUGACCCCCAGCACCCGCACCCUCAGUCCUUCUGCCGCCCCUGAAACCCCCAUUAUCUAUGCUGAGGUGGGCGCUGGGCGACCCAGCUGAUGCCGCCACAUGUGUGCACAAACAUGUGUCUGUUGUGUGCACACAGGUACUUCAAGUGUGAGCAGUGCAGGUGUGCUCUGUGUAGUAAACAUCGUAUGUGAACAUGCAUGUGUAUUACAUGUGUGCACCAUUACAUGUGCACAAUAGAUGUACAAACACGUGUGUAGUAGACACUCCACUCUAUGCCUCUGUGUGUGCAUGCAUGAUGUCAUAUGUGUACACCGAUAGCUGCACACAUUACUGCUCAUGUGUGUCCUUCGCACGUGCUCCCUGUGUCUGCACUACGUGUGCCUCCACAGUACACACAUGUCAUCAACACGUGCCUCGUGUCUGCACCACGUCUGUCCCCACAGCACACACGUGUCCUUAGCAUGUGCUCCCCAUGGCGCAUCUCCAGCUCCACAACCCAAACCACCCCCCAGCCCACAACGGUUUUGGGGCAGAUUUUUGGUGACGAGGGAAAAUGCAUUUUUGUGACCGUUUGGAAGAGGGAGAAGGGGUUGUGUGUUUUGCAAGAACAUGGGGAACCAGAUGAAGGUUGUGGGUGGAAGGGCUGUGUGUGGGAGCAGCAGUAAGGGGAAGGGCAGGAGAGCUGACUUCCCCCUUCUUGUAAUGCAAGGGGAAAUGCUGGAGUGUCUGCGAGCUUGAUGGAGAUUUUUGGGUCCAGAUGGAAUUUUUUUUGUGGAGCUGGAUGGAGACUUGGGGCCACAUGGAGAUGUGGAGGCUGCAUGAAGGAUCUUCAGGCUCAGUGGAGGUUUUUGGGCUGGAUAGAAAUGUUGGGACGGUUGGAGGUUUUGAGUCUGAGUGGAGGAUUUUGGGGUGGAUGGAGGUUUUUUGUGCAGAUGGAAUUUUUGUGUCUGGAUGUUGGCUUUGGGUUUGACUGGGGUCUUGGGGACCUGGAUGUAGUGAUUGGGUCUGGAUAUAAAGAUAAGAGUUGGAUGGAGUUUUUGGGGCUGGAUGGUGGAGUCAGGGUGUAUGGAGAUUUUGGGGGCUGGAUAAAACUUUGGAGGUCUGGAUGUUGCCUCAUCUUGAGAAUUGUGUACAGUUUUGGGCUUUACAAUACAGAAAGGACAUGGAGGUGAUGGAGCAGGUCCAAAGAAGGGCAACAAGGCUGGGGAAGGGCUUGGAGAAU